AUGGAGCCCAGCAACAGAACCGCGGUCUCCGAGUUCGUCUUGAAGGGAUUUUCUGGCUACCCGACCCUCGAGCGGCUACUCUUUCCCCUGUGCUCAGUCAUGUACCUGGUGACCCUGCUGGGGAACACGGCCAUCGUGGCGGUGAGCGUGUUGGAUGCCCGCCUACACACGCCCAUGUACUUUUUCCUGGGUAACCUUUCCGUUUUGGACAUCUGCUACACAUCUACUUUCGUACCCCUGAUGCUGGUCCACCUCCUGUCCUCCCGGAAGACCAUCUCCUUUACUGGCUGUGCCAUCCAGAUGUGUCUGAGCCUCUCCACGGGCUCCACCGAGUGCCUGCUGCUGGCCGUCAUGGCCUAUGACCGAUACUUGGCCAUUUGCCAGCCACUCAGGUACCCCGUGCUCAUGAGCCACAGGCUCUGCCUGAUGCUGGCAGGAGCCUCCUGGGUGCUCUGCCUCUUCAAGUCAGUGACAGAGACGGUCAUCGCCAUGAGGCUGCCCUUCUGCGGCCACCACGUGAUCAGACACUUCACCUGUGAGAUCCUGGCUGUGCUGAAGCUGGCCUGUGGCGACACAUCAGUCAGCGACGCCUUCCUGCUGGUGGGGGCCAUCCUCCUGUUGCCUAUACCCCUGACCCUCAUCUGCCUGUCCUACAUGCUGAUCCUGGCCACCAUCCUGAGGGUGCCCUCAGCCACCGGGCGCAGCAAAGCCUUCUCCACCUGCUCGGCACACCUGGCUGUGGUCCUGCUUUUUUAUAGCACUAUCAUUUUCAUGUACAUGAAACCCAAGAGCAAGGAGGCCCGGAUCUCAGACCAGGUCUUUACAGUCCUCUACGCUGUGGUGACCCCCAUGCUGAACCCCAUUAUCUACAGCCUGAGGAACAAGGAGGUGAAGGAAGCGGCCAGGAAAGCCUGGGGCAGCAGAUGGGCCUGUAGGUGA